UAAAUCCCUCCUCCCGGUGCGAGAAGCUCGCCGACGAAACCGCGGACCGCGCGAAGCUCCUUCUAAUCCCUAAAGAGAGACAGAGAGAAUCUAAUCCGCUCUCCCUCCAUGGAUCCUUACAAGUACCGCCCUUCAAGCGCCUACAACUCUCCCUUCUGGACCACCAACUCUGGUGCCCCUGUUUGGAACAACAACUCCUCGCUCACCGUUGGAACCCGAGGACCUAUUCUCCUCGAGGAUUAUCAUGUCAUUGAAAAGCUUGCCCAGUUUGAUAGAGAGCGCAUUCCAGAACGUGUUGUACAUGCAAGAGGAGCUAGCGCCAAGGGUUUCUUUGAGGUCACUCACGAUGUUUCUCACCUCACAUGUGCUGAUUUUCUCCGCGCUCCAGGGGUCCAGACCCCAGUCAUUGUUCGCUUUUCGACUGUUAUUCAUGAGCGCGGGAGUCCUGAAACCUUGAGAGACCCACGAGGUUUUGCUGUGAAGUUCUACACCAGAGAGGGUAACUUUGAUCUUGUCGGGAAUAACUUCCCUGUGUUCUUCAUCCGUGAUGGAAUAAAGUUCCCUGAUAUGGUCCAUUCUCUCAAACCGAACCCAAAGUCUCACAUCCAGGAGAAUUGGAGGAUUCUGGACUUCUUCUCCCACCAUCCUGAGAGCUUGCACAUGUUUACCUUUCUGUUCGAUGAUGUUGGUGUGCCAGCAGACUACAGGCACAUGGAUGGUUCAGGUGUCAAUACCUACACUUUUAUCAACAAGGAAGGAAAAGCUCACUAUGUUAAGUUCCACUGGAGACCAACAUGUGGGGUGAAGUGUCUGUUGGAAGAUGAAGCUGUGAUUGUUGGAGGCAACAACCACAGCCAUGCCACCAAGGAUCUUUAUGGUUCGAUUGCUGCUGGAAACUAUCCAGAGUGGAAGCUUUACAUUCAGACCAUGGAUCCCGAUCAUGAGGAUAGGUUUGAUUUUGACCCACUUGACGUCACCAAGACAUGGCCAGAAGACAUCCUGCCUCUCCAGGCGGUUGGGCGCAUGGUCUUGAACAAGAAUAUCGAUAACUUCUUUGCAGAGAAUGAGCAGCUUGCUUUCUGCCCGGCAAUCGUGGUGCCUGGAAUCCAUUACUCAGAUGAUAAGCUGCUUCAAACAAGGAUUUUCUCUUAUGCUGAUACUCAGAGACACCGUCUGGGGCCAAACUACCUGAUGCUUCCUGCUAAUGCUCCCAAGUGUGCUCAUCACAACAACCACCAUGAUGGGUUCAUGAACUUCUUGCACAGGGAUGAGGAGGUGAAUUACUUCCCUUCGAGGUAUGAUCCUGUUCGACAUGCUGAGAGGUUCCCGAUACCAUCUCGCAUUCUUACUGGAAGGCGUGAAAAAUGUGUAAUUCAAAAGGAAAACAACUUCAAGCAGCCUGGUGAGAGAUACCGCUCUUGGGAUCCUGACAGGCAAGAGCGUUUCAUUCGCCGGUGGGUCGAGGCACUGUCUGACCCUAGGGUCACCCAUGAAAUCCAGAGCAUUUGGAUCUCCUACUGGUCUCAGUGUGACAAGUCUCUGGGACGGAAGAUAGCAACUCGUCUCAAUGUCAAACCAAGCAUGUGAGAUGAUGCACUAUGGGCAGUAAUUGGUCUUGAGUGAUGGUAUAAUAUAGAGAAGGGAGUUGUGGUAUUCACAUAGAAACUGAUGUUAAUCUUAGCAAAACAUGGGUCUACUUAUUGUACUUUUUGUGUAAUAAUGUAAUAAUAAUAUGCUAUGCACACUGAAGGAGUGCUUUUAAAGGCUACUUUAUCUUGUUAAUAUUUAUCCAUGCUUUAGUUGCUGAUA